AUGAUCCCCACCGCACGUUGUCUGGCUGCAAAGCCACCCAGCUUCUUUAAGAAAAGCACCGAAGAACUCAGUCGAUUGACGCGCAUUGCAUGGAACGCUGAAGCUCUCUCCACACCCACCAAACCCUACAACCUUCUCGACUUCGAAAAUGAAACGUCGGUCGCAUCCUGCAAAACCAUGGCCGACCGCGCCGUUGGCGGUUUCAGCAAAGCCGACCUAGAUUUCAUCCCCGCAACUGCACAUGAGCCCGCACACGCACGGUUCCACGGCAGUAUAUCGACCAAAUUACCCAACAACUGGCGCGUAGAGCGUACUGGAUAUGCCGCCUUCCGAAACAGAGACAAAGGAUACUGGCUCUUUGGACGCUUAUUCUGGGACGUCGAUCCAUACACAUACCUGGCUUUACGCGUGAAAAGUGAUGGGAGGAGGUAUACAGUCAAUAUCCAGUCGGACACGAUUGUGGAGACGGAUAUUCACCAACACAGACUAUAUACGAGACAUCACCGUGUAUAUGGAAAUCCGUCAGACGCGUUUUCGAGUCCAUUGGCUGCGGCUGCGGAGGCACCAGAGGUUGGUGAUGUGAAUGAUACAUUACAUCCUGGUGGUAUUCCGCCGUCAUUGUCGGAUAUUCCACCCGCAGAGACGAUUAUAAGUGCCACGACCUCCGGUGGGACAGGAUGGGAGACCGUGCUGUUGCCGUUUGCAUCUUUUGUUCGCACGAACCACGGCUUGAUCGUGGAGCCUCAACAUUCGUUAAUUAAGAACAGGAUAAAGUCCAUUGGAAUUGGUCUUACGGAUCGUAUCGAAGGACCUUAUGAUCUUCGAAUCCAUCGUAUUUGGGCUACCAAUGGGCUGAGCGAGGAAGAGCUUGAGGAGGAGAGACGGAUAUGUGGUGAAAACGCCUUGCCAGUUGACGAAGGUGUUAGGACUUUGUGGGGGUCCAAAAAGGAGGCUUUUCCUUCGGCAGAGUCGGAGUUGGAGGCUCAGGAGCAGGAGAAGCAUAGAGAGCAGGAGGCGAAGAAGGUUCCUGGAGCAAAAGGACUAAAGGGUCUGAAGGAGGAAUGGAGUUGA